UUGCUUGGCCCUCUUGAGCACAGCUUCUGUCCGUUGAUCAACACAUUUUCCAGCCGAUUUUUACAAGAGCCAACGAAAAAGAAAAGAGAAAUGAAGAUUCUCAUCACCGGCGCCGCAGGCUUCAUUGGCCAACUUGUCGCCGAAAAGCUCCUCUCAGACACUGACUCCAACCACACCCUCAUCCUCACCGACAUCAUCACACCACCAGUGCCUUCCAAAUCCUCCAACCCUCAAAAUGCGACCGCCAUUCGCGCAGACCUCACCACAGAAUCUCAAAAUGUCGUCACCUCCGACAUCUCCGCCGUCUACGUCUUCCACGGCAUCAUGUCAUCAGGUGCCGAAGCCGACUUCGACGCCGGCAUGCGCGCAAACUUCGACACAACACGUGCACUUCUCGAAGCCAUCCGCACCACAUGCCCCGGGGCCCGCGUCAUCUACGCCUCAAGCCAAGCCGUAUACAACAACUCUGUCACCCUCCCUGUCACAGAAACCCAGAUGCCGACCCCAGAAACCAGCUACGGCGCCGAGAAGAUGAUGUGCGAAUACCUGGUCUCCGAGUACACGCGUCGCGGCUUCAUCGACGGCAUCUCGCUGCGCUUCCCCACCGUCUCUGUGCGUCCCGGAAAACCUACGGCGGCUGCAAGUUCGUUCCUCAGCGGCAUGAUCCGUGAACCUGUUGCUGGCGUCAAGUGUCCAAUUCCUAUUGUCGACCGCCAAUGGCGGCACUGGCUCUGCUCGCCGCGUAUUUUAGUCCAGAAUCUUGUUUUCGCCGCGACGUCGCUUGAUUUGGGCAAGCUGCCCAAGCAGGAAAGGAGUUUGAAUCAUCCCGGAAUUGGGGUUUCGUUGCAGGAUAUGAGGGAUGCGCUGGAGAAGGUAGCUGGGAAAGACAAGUUGGAGCUGUUGGAGGAGAAGGAGGUUGACGAGCUGAAGAAGAUUUUGUAUAGUUGGCCGGCUGAGUUUGAUAAUUCCAAGGCGUUGGCAUUGGGGUUUGCGAGGGAUGAGGGGUUCGAGAGGAUUGUGCGGGAUUAUGUGGAGAGCGUGGGCGGGAAAGUUGUAGAAGGAUAA